AUGGUGAAGGUUCGGAUGAACACCGCCGAUGUGGCGGCGGAAGUCAAGUGCUUGCGCCGCUUAAUCGGCAUGCGCUGUUCCAAUGUGUACGACCUCUCUUCAAAGACGUAUGUGUUCAAGCUGGUGAAUAGUAGUGGAGUUACAGAAUCAGGGGAAAGUGAGAAGGUAUUGCUGUUGAUGGAAAGCGGUAUCAGAUUGCAUACCACAGCUUAUAUCAGAGACAAAAGCAAUACACCAUCUGGAUUUACACUUAAAUUGAGGAAGCAUAUACGAACAAGGAGGCUUGAAGAUGUGAGGCAACUGGGAUAUGAUAGGAUAGUCCUCUUUCAAUUUGGACUCGGUGCCAAUGCUCAUUACGUGAUAUUGGAACUCUAUGCCCAAGGGAAUCUUAUUCUUACUGAUUCAGAAUUCAUGGUCUUAACUCUUCUUCGAUCGCACAGAGAUGAUGAUAAAGGUUUAGCUAUCAUGUCACGCCAUCGGUAUCCAGUUGAAAUCUGCCGGGUUUUUCAGCGGACUAGCAAUGAAAAGAUAGAAGCAGCGCUAACACUUCAAGUGGAGCCUGAUGGAAAUGGCCAAGGAAAUACUGCUCCUGAUACAUCUCUAGGAAAGGAGGGUGGUGGCAAAAGCAUAAAAUCUAAGGAUUCUAAAGGAGUUGUUAAUGAUGGAGCUCGUGCCAAGCAGCCUACCUUGAAGAUGAUUUUUGGUGAGGCAUUGGGUUAUGGACCAGCGUUGGCAGAACACAUUAUCCUAGACGCUGAUCUCAUUCCAAAUACCAAAGUCCAGAAGAAUUUCAAAUUAGAAGACGAUGUUAUCCGGCGUCUGGUGGAAGCUGUGGCCAAGUUCGAAGACUGGCUGGAGGAUAUCAUAUCCGGCGGUAAAAUUCCAGAAGGGUUCAUAAUAAUGCAGCAAAGGAAUUUAGGGAAACAAGAUGGUGUUGUGCCGACAGCAGGGAGUCUUGGACAGAUAUAUGAUGAGUUCUGCCCUUUGUUGCUGAACCAAUUCAAGUCUAGAGAUCAGACAACCUUUGACACCUUUGAUGCUGCAUUGGAUGAAUUCUAUAGUAAAAUAGAGAGUCAGCGUUUGGAUCAACAGCAAAAAACUAAAGAGAGUGCUGCUAUGCAGAAGCUGGACAAAAUCCGCAAUGAUCAGGAAAAUCGUGUGCUUUCUUUGAAGAAAGAAGUUGAACACUGCAUCAAAAUGGCAGAGUUAAUAGAGUAUAAUUUGGAAGAAGUUGAUUCGGCCAUUUUAGCUGUUCGUGUAGCUCUUGCAAAUGGCAUGAGUUGGGAGGAUCUGGCUCGCAUGGUAAAGGAAGAGAAAAAAUCCGGAAACCCUGUAGCAGGCCUUAUUGACAAGCUCCAUUUGGAUAGAAAUUGUAUGACGUUGCUACUGAGUAACAAUCUCGAUGAAAUGGAUGAUGAUGAGAAGACACAACCGGCAGACAGGGUUGAAGUUGAUCUUGCACUCUCAGCCCAUGCAAAUGCUCGGAGAUGGUAUGAGAUGAAGAAGAAACAAGAAAGCAAGCAGGAAAAAACAAUCACGUCUCAUGAACAAGCUUUUAAGGCUGCUGAGAGAAAGACUCGUCUUCAGCUUUCUCAGGAAAAAACUGUUGCUGCUAUCACGCAUAUGCGCAAAGUUCACUGGUUUGAGAAAUUUAACUGGUUCAUUAGCAGUGAAAAUUAUCUCGUUAUAAGCGGACGGGAUGCCCAACAGAAUGAGUUGAUUGUGAAGCGUUACAUGUCUAAGGGAGAUUUGUAUGUUCAUGCUGAACUUCAUGGAGCUUCUAGUACUGUGAUAAAGAAUCACAAGCCUGAAUCUCCGGUGCCCCCCCUCACUUUAAACCAAGCAGGGUGUUUCACUGUUUGCCACAGUCAAGCGUGGAAUUCAAAGAUGGUAACUAGUGCUUGGUGGGUCUAUCCUCACCAAGUGAGUAAAACUGCUCCUACUGGAGAGUAUCUGACCGUUGGAAGUUUCAUGAUACGUGGAAAGAAGAACUUUCUUCCUCCACACCCUUUGGUUAUGGGCUUUGGGAUUUUAUUUCGCUUGGAUGAAAGUUCCUUAGGAUCCCACUUGAAUGAAAGAAGAGUGAGAGGCGAGGAGGAAGAGAUGAAUGAUGCUGAAGAAAGUGAAGCUUUCAAAGAAGUUUCUGAUGCUGAGUCAGAGAAACUAGUUGAGGAAGCAUCAGAGUUGCAAAGUGUUCCACAGCAGUCAGAAGCCAAUUCUAAUGAUGGAUCGCCUGCUUUAGGUGAUAAUACUACUGGCAGUUUGGGUGACGAUCCUCGUGAAGCUUCCAAGGCAUUGGAAAAUAAUGAAGAAAGUGUCUCGACCUCUCCACAACUGGAGGAUCUUCUUGACAGAGCUCUUGAGCUCGGCUCUGCUACUGGAUCCACUAAGAAUUACGGCGCCAAAGUUUCUGUUGCCAGAUCAGACAAUCAUCAUGACGAUGAAGCAUCAGCAUUGGCGGCUGCUAGAGAUAAGCCAUACAUAUCAAAAGCCCAAAGAAAGAUGCAGAAGAAAGGACAAAAGGAUAGAGAUAUCAGUAGAGCUUUUAAAAAUGGCGAAGAAGAUGAUAAAAAGAGCGAUACUGUAAAACUUCAAGAGAAACAUGUUGACAGUUCAAAGCCAUGUGUUGGAAAGAUCAGCCGAGGUCAGAGGAGCAAACUUAAGAAAAUUAAAGAAAAGUAUGCUGAUCAAGAUGAUGAGGAACGCAGUAUCCGAAUGGCAUUAUUGGCUGCUGCUGGGAAAGUGCAAAGGAAAGAUAAAAUUGUGGAGGAUGAAAAAGUUGCAAAUGCUGAAUCAAAGCCUGCUGAUGGUCAUGAUGACACUCCCAAGGUAUGUUACAAGUGUAAGAAGCCAGGUCAUUUGGCCCGGGAUUGUGAAGAACAGUCAGAUGAUGUCGUGCACAGUAAUGAUGCUUUGGAGGACAGGAAUGUUGCCAGUGACAUGGAUAAGAUAGCAAUGGAGGAAGAUGAUAUUCACGAAAUAGGCGAAGAAGAGAAAGAGAAAUUGAAUGAUGUGGAUUACUUGACUGGAAUCCCAGCACCAAAUGAUGUAUUGUUGUAUGCAGUACCCGUAUGUGGUCCUUACAGUGCUCUGCAGUCGUACAAAUACCGUGUCAAGUUGGUUCCUGGAACUGUAAAGAAAGGAAAAGCUGCUAAGACAGCCAUAAGUUUGUUUGGCCACGCGCCUGAGGCGACAGUUAGAGAGAAAGAACUGAUGAAAGCGUGCACAGAUGCCGAGCUUGUUGCUGCAAUCCUCGGUAAUGUGAAAGUGACUGCUGCAGAAUUCAACUUGAAGUCGAUCAGUAGUACUAUGGGGGCACCAUGCAAAAUGUUUGCUACUGAUAUGGAAAAACAAUGA